AUGGAUCGAAUUUCAGGGUUGCCUCCUUUUAUAAUUCAUCAAAUUAUGUCCUACCUCUUCCCAAAAGAGGUAGCUCAAAUUAAUAUAUUGUCUAAGAGAUGGAAUCAGUUACGGAUAACUUUCCCUGUCUUUGAUUUUGAUGAAACUUAUUUCCUCACUGAAGAUGAGAGUGAUCCAAUUACAUCAGUGGUUGAAGAGAACAGAUUGGCACUCCGUUUGAAAGAAUUUAUGGAAUUUCUUAAUGCUUCUCUGCUUCGGUUUUGCGAUCUCAAGUUUUAUAUGCACAAAUUUAGGCUAUUCAUAAGUGUUCUUGAUGUUGAAGAAUUGGUUCCUUAUAUUGAUAAAUGGAUAGGAUUGGCCGCAGAGAAGGAGGUUAAAGAGCUUGAUUUAGAUAUCUUAAUAGAAAGCGAUACAAUGGAUACAUCAUACACUUUGCCUCAAACAAUCUUUUAUGCUAGAUCAGUUACUACUUUAAGGUUAGUUAACUGUAAGUUGGAGAGUAUUUCAGAUACUAUCAGGUCUAAUUCUCUUAGAAAGCUACUUUUGGACGAGGUUUUCAUAAAUGAAGAAAUGGUGCAGAAGCUUAGUAGUGAAUGCCCUCUCCUUGAAGAAAUGUCUUUUACAGAAUGUUGGGGUUUGAAGCGAUUGUGUGUUUUUAAAGCUCUCAAACUGAAGAUAAUGAGUGUCUCCUUAUAUAGAAUUGAGAGUAUAAGGAUUGAAAGUGUUGAGAUUGUUCUUCUAAAUCUUCAAGAGUUACGCCUUAGAUUUGGCACGGUGAGAACGCCAAGAGUGUUUAACAUUGUUGGGUGCUUACAGUUGAAAAAGUUAUUUUUUGGGGGAGUUAGUCUUAUGGACCAACAGUUUCAUUAUUUUAUCUCAAGCUUUCCCUUGCUCGAGGAUCUGAUCCUUGAAUACUGCCAUUUCCUUGAAAGAAUUACGAUUUCAAGUAAUCAGCUUAAAAAGUUUGAACUUAGUAGCUGUUUAAGUAUGAAGGCACUUGACCUUGAUACUCCAAAUUUGCUUUCCUUUACAUAUAAGGAUAGUCCCAUUCCCACUUCAUGCACAAAUGUUUUAUGUCCAUGGCCAAUUAAAUUUGAUACUGAUUUUAUGUUUGACACCCAGUCGUGCCUGAAACUGAGGGAAUUUCUAGGAAUAUCCAAUCAAAUUGAAGAUCUAAGGAUAGAUGCAACGCCAACUGUGGUAUGUGUAUAA